UGCACAGAGCAAGAGAGGAGAGAGACGGAGCGCACGCACUGCUCUCUGCUGCCGGCGGACGACACGGACAGAAGCACCCGGAGGCCAGCGCUUAAUCCAGAUAAGUCUGGUCAGUGCGUGAGAAACUGGGCCGGUGUGGACACUUCUCUACGUCGCUUUUUUUACUUUACAUUAUUAUUUCAUUAUUAGCUUUUUGUUAUGGAGAGAGUGACCGCAGCGGCAAAGAGAGUCAGAUGGACCCACUUACCCUGGACACUCUGACAUAAAAGAGCAGCCACACGUUUCAGGCAUCACUGAGGAGAAAGGACAGUGCGUUAUUUAAGGAUUUUAUUUGUGAAGUAAAUAAACAGUCGAGACUUUUAACAGCCCGGGACUUUUACUGUAAGUCGGACUGAACUUCUACUUGGAGGCAAGCAAAGCAUAAACAGAGGCGCAUUUAGAGGAAAGGCGACGGCUAGUGCAGCCAUGGAGGUCGCAGCAGCAGAUCAGUCUCGGUGGAUGGCGCACCAUCAUGCUGUGCUGAACGGCCAGCACCCGGACUCUCACCACCACAGUCUGGGCCACAACUACAUGGAGCCCAUGGCGCCUUUGCUGCCCCAGGACGAAGUUGACAUGUUUCUGAACCACUUGGACUCUCAAGGGAACCCAUACUACACCAACUCCAGAGCAAGGGUCACGUACAGCCAAGCACACGCUCGUCUAACUGGGAAUCAGGUUUGCCGACCGCACCUCAUCCACAGCCCCGGUAUUCCCUGGCUGGACCCCGGGAAAGCAGCUUUGUCAGCUGCGCACCACCAUAACGCAUGGGCGGUCGGCCACUUCAGCAAACCCGGCCUUCACCCCGCCGGCUCCGGCUACCCUUGCAGCAGCAGCGCCGGCACAGCUUCCGUGUCUUCGCUCACUCCAGCGUCCCACUCUAGCCCGCACCUCUACAGCUUCCCCCCUACCCCUCCGAAAGACGUGUCCCCGGACCCGGGCCCUACCUCUCCGGCUUCCACCUCGACAAGGAUGGACGAGAAAGAGUCGAUCAAGUACCAGGUGCCGCUGACUGACAGCAUGAAAAUGGAGAGCUGCAGUCCGCUCCGCAGCGGCCUGGCUUCGAUGAACAGCCAGGCUCCUGCCACGCAUCACCCCAUCCCGACUUACCCGGCCUACUCUCUGCCCACACCGCAUGAGUACAGCGGCAGUCUCUUCCAUCCCGGCAGCCUGCUUGGCGGGUCCUCCUCCAGCUUUACGCCCAAAUGCAAAAGCAAAGCCAGGUCGAGCUCAGAACUAUAUGCAGAGGGUCGUGAAUGUGUAAACUGCGGUGCAACGUCUACCCCUUUGUGGCGGCGGGAUGGCACUGGCCACUACUUGUGCAACGCCUGUGGACUUUACCACAAGAUGAACGGCCAGAACCGACCACUUAUCAAGCCCAAAAGGAGACUGUCCGCAGCUAGACGUGCAGGCACCUGCUGUGCAAACUGUCAGACAACCACCACCACCUUGUGGAGGCGCAACGGGAACGGAGACCCGGUGUGUAAUGCCUGCGGCCUUUACUUUAAACUGCACAAUAUCAACAGACCCUUGACCAUGAAGAAAGAAGGCAUCCAGACACGCAACCGCAAGAUGUCCAGCAAGUCCAAGAGGAACAAACGAAUAGGGGACGGCUUUGACGAGCUGUCCAAGUGCAUGCAGGACAAGGCCUCUCCCUUUGGCACAGCACCCGGCCUUACCAGCCACAUGACCCACAUGGGUCACCUCCCCCACUUCAGCCACUCAGGACACAUGCUGCCCACUCCCACGCCUAUUCACCCUUCAUUUGGUCACCCCCACCACUCCAAUCGCUCGCCAGUCUGGGCUGAGCCUCACUGAGGCCCCUCCAGACCCAGAAACCCUUUCGCCUGUAGGCGCUACCACAUUGCCAUAAACACUAAAUGGCCUCCACAUCACUCCAAAGCCUGAGCAGCUUGCUUCGUGUACAGUGAUUGGAGGGAAGAGACUUUGAAUAACUGAGGGUCGCGUCAUGCUUGGCCUCACUGAUGGGAUGCUGCACAGAGCAAGACUUUAGUGGAGUCUGUGAAGAGCUAAUGUGAUGAGGGGUUUGCUAGUCCCUAGGUGACUGGGGCUAGCAGGAAUGGAGUGAAUGGAGAUGCUUGUCAUUCUUCUUGCUUAUUUUUACUAAGUCACUUUGGUACCCACCUCUCACUAACCCUGAAACAGGAGACUCCAGAGAGGUCUUAAAAAGAACCGCUGUUUUCACCUCAUGACCAUAUUGUUAUAGUCUGAGAUACAUGCACCCUGUCCAUCCCCAAGCUGUUGUCCACAACUGCUAUGGACAGACAAACAGACUCCUCAGAGCUGGAAGUCUUGGUUCUGGCUGAAAACAGACGCCUACACAACCAUGCAGCUCUGUUACCAACCAGUCAGACUAACAGUACCAAGAGACCAGUGCUCUCCUCACAUGCUGGAUUGUACACCACCACAAUGCUCACCUGUUUUUUUUAUAACAGAGUUUUAUGGAAAAAAGAAAAGAAAAGGAAAAAAAAUACAACAUAGUAAAUAGAGUGUUUAUAAAUGCUUAAUUGUUGUUAUAUUUGAUGUUAUAAUUAUUGCUACAAUAAUUUAUUUUCACUUUAAGCUUUCAUUGGACACACAUGGAAACGUAGGAUUUUAAUUUCAUGCUUAUUACGUAAAAGAACACUGACCUGUCUAAGAUGAACAUUCCCUGACUCCCUGUACGUUUUUAUCAUUUUUCCAUCUCACAAUGAAAAAAAAAUAAAAUAAAGUUUAAUACUCAA